GCUGUCUGCAAUUACACCCUUCGCGGUAGUCCGCCAUAUUGUCUCUGAGACAGCAGAAAUCAUAUAGAAGUACACCGGCGAGAGGAAAGAAAGCGAACCUGCCUUCACUUGGAUCCCAUAUUUGAUCAAAGAGCUGUCCAGAGGUUCCCCUGGUGGCUUACAGCCAAAGCCCCCCGCCCCCCUUACCCCCUGCCCUGUCACGAAGAGGCCCCACCCCACCUUCCCUCCUCUCCCUCUUCCCUCCUUGUCCUUCUCAGCAGUAAGUGGCCCCUCCCCCUCCUCUGCCAAGCUGUUGGACAUGCCAGGACCCGUGCAGAGUCGGGCCCGCGUGUACACAGAUGUCAACACACACCGGCCCAGGGAGUACUGGGACUACGAGUCCCAUGUGGUGGAAUGGGGAAAUCAAGAUGACUUCCAGUUGGUGCGGAAGCUUGGACGCGGGAAGUACAGUGAAGUGUUUGAAGCAAUCAACAUCACCAACAACGAGAAGGUUGUGGUGAAAAUACUCAAGCCCGUCAAGAAGAAGAAAAUCAAGCGUGAAAUUAAGAUCCUGGAGAACCUCCGCGGGGGCCCUAACAUCAUCUCCCUCAAAGACAUCGUCAAAGACCCAGUGUCUCGGACACCCGCCUUGGUCUUUGAACAUGUCAACAACACUGACUUCAAGCAAUUAUACCAGACCCUGACAGACUAUGACAUCCGGUUCUACAUGUUCGAAAUCCUCAAGGCCCUGGACUACUGCCACAGCAUGGGAAUCAUGCACAGGGAUGUGAAACCCCACAACGUGAUGAUUGAUCACGAACACCGAAAGUUGCGCCUUAUUGACUGGGGUCUGGCUGAGUUCUACCACCCGGGACAGGAGUACAACGUCCGAGUGGCUUCUCGCUACUUCAAAGGACCCGAGCUUCUGGUCGACUAUCAGAUGUAUGACUACAGUCUGGACAUGUGGAGCUUGGGCUGCAUGUUGGCCAGCAUGAUCUUCAGGAAGGAACCUUUCUUCCACGGCCACGACAACUACGACCAGUUGGUAAGAAUAGCCAAGGUGUUGGGAACGGAAGACCUGUAUGACUACAUCGACAAGUACAACAUUGAGCUGGAGCCUCGGUUCAAUGACAUUCUGGGGAGACACUCUCGUAAGCGGUGGGAGCGCUUCGUCCACAGUGAGAACCAGCACCUGGUCAGCCCCGAGGCCCUGGACUUCCUGGACAAGCUGCUGCGCUAUGACCAUCAGGCCCGGCUGACCGCCCACGAGGCCAUGGCUCACCCUUACUACUAUACCGUUGUCAAAGACCAGGGUCGCAUGCCGGGGUCGGCUAACCCUGCCGGCGGAAAUACAGCUGUAAGCACAGCCAACACGGUCACUGGUAUAUCUGCCUUGCCAGCUGCUACUGCCCUGGGCACCCUCACCGGCUCGCCCGUCCUCUCUGCUGCCACCAGCACCCCUGUGCCCGCCUCCGUUAGUGCCCCCCAGUGAUGGCACCCCCAGGAGAGAGAACCUAUGGGUGCCACUCAUGCAGGCACGCACCAACAUCUGUACUUACUCAGUCAGUCCGACUGCCCUGAGAUCCAGGAAUGCCAACCUCUGAAGGCUAUCUCGCCUGAACAAUGUUUAUUUGUUUCUCCUUGAAUGAACUUGUGUUAACCAGACAUGAAAUGAAUGUUCUGUGUAAUCGACACAUGCAGGUAUUUAUUUAAUCUUGAUGGCUGUGUGUGGCUGGCUAUGUCCACAAUCUGAGAAUGAGUCACGAAUCCAAGGGUGAUGGGGGUUUCUCCCCCCCGAACACGUUUUGUUUUUGUACAUUACUGACAAGUACUUCAUCGGAAGGUAACAGGGAAGAGACAUUAGUGUUUAGACCAAAAGGAACAGUCUGCAGUUUACGAAUGCAACCUUGUCAAACGAGUGCUGGCGAGCACACCUUAAGCAAUUCCCAUAUUUAGUCCAGUCUACUACUCUAUACCACCAUUAUAAAACACUUCCCGAUAGUAUUUGGAAGUGUUUGGUGCUGUUCUGUGCUCCAGUGGUGAGUUGAAACACUGAAGCUGCCUCACUCAACGUAUCCUAAUGACACUUCAGCCUGAAUAGUAUGUCUUGCCUUUCUACUGUACUGGAUACCUAGUUUUUGAUGUAAGGAUUCCCUGACAGUUUUCCUUUUAAAAAAAAUAUUUUUUACGGAAAUGCUGUGGUGUGUUGGAUGGGUUUAAUUUACUGCGGCAAUGGUUUGAUGGCAGUAUUGUCAUUCGAUCCCUUCGAAAGCCAGGCAAAACUAUCCGUUCUGUUAUUUUGAAAAGUUUCUCUCAAACGUGCUGCUUUGCAGUUCCUUGAAAAACUAUGUUCACUCAAUCGCUUGAGAAAGAGGAGACCGACUAAAUCUAUUUGUUUUCUCGGGGAGAGUUAGCAAAUAUGGAUGGUGUUCACAACUGAAUAUGAAGGCACCAGAGUCCUGGUUAAGUUGGCUUGAAAUGGGUUUGUAUUUAUCUGCUAUUGGUACCUAAGGAGAGUGGUUUUCUUUUUGUAUUUAGUUUGUUUCGGGGAUACGUUUCUUGGAUUUGAUCACCUGUUUGGCUAACACUUACGGUGGCAAGAAUAAGUAUAUGAACCCUUUGGAAAUACACGGAUUUCUGCAUAAAUUGGUGAUCAAAUCUUAUCUUCAUCUUGGUCACAACAAUACACACAGUCUGCUUAAACUAAUAACACACAAACAAUUGUAAGUUUUCAUGUCUUUAUUGAGCACACCGUGUGAACAUUCACAGUGCAGGAUGGGAAAAGUAUGUGAACCCUUGGA